GCUGACGGAGCCCAGUGGCUCUCGCGGGCUGUCUGUCGGCGGCCGGAGGAGAGCGGCUCUCAGUGGGAACGCGACACGGACACGAUGCGGUGUGAGUCCGCCCGUGACGCCGUGGGCUCCGCGACCGUGGAGCGUCUCGUGUAGCAUGAGGGAAAAGUGUUCGCGGACGAGCAUCCUUCAGGACGAGCCCCGUACACCAUGAAGACACCGAUGCGUCAUGGGCUGGCCGUGUUUCUCCUCAUCACCAUGUGCACCAGCCUGCUCUUCGUGUACAUGAGCCACGGCGGCGCGCACAAAGAGCACGGGGGCGCGCCGGGCGGCCAGAGCGAGAAGAGCGAGAAGCCCACGGACACGCGCGACACGCCGCAGAAAGCCCGCACCCCGGCCCUGCAGGGCUACAACAGCAUCAUUGAUCACAAGGCACUGAAGAUGCACUGCAAAAACUGCGCCCUGGUGACCAGCUCGGGCCACCUGAUCGGCAGCAAACGGGGCAAGGAGAUUGACCGCACGGAGUGCGUGAUCCGCAUGAACGAUGCCCCCACGCGCAGCUUUGGACAAGACGUGGGCCAGCGCACCAGUCUGCGCGUCGUGGCCCACUCCAGCAUGCAGAGGGUGCUGCACCGACGCCACGAGCUGCUCAACGCUAGCCAGGACACGGUGUUCAUCUUCUGGGGCCCGAGCAGCUAUAUGCGGCGUGACGGCAAGGGCCUGGUCUACAACAACCUGCGCCUCAUGAACCAGGUGCUGCCCAAGCUGAAGGUCUUCAUCAUUUCCCGGCAGAAGAUGCUGCAAUUUGACGAGCUCUUCAAGAGGGAGACAGGGAAGGACCGGAGGAUGUCCAAUUCCUGGCUGAGCACAGGCUGGUUCACCAUGGCCAUUGCGCUGGAGCUCUGCGAGAGGAUCAACGUUUACGGCAUGGUGGCGCCCGAUUUCUGCAGGGAGCCUUACCACCCCUCAGUCCCCUACCAUUACUACGAGCCCUCUGGGUCGGACGAGUGCACCAUGUACAUCUCGCACGAGCGAGGCCGCCGCGGCAGCCACCACCGCUUCAUCACGGAAAAGCGCGUCUUCGCCAACUGGGCACGGACAUUCGACAUCCACUUCUACCAGCCCAACUGGAGCCCCGGGCCGCCUGCCGCUAACUGGACGGCUAACGCCACCCGGAGCACGUGACUGCCGGCCAGGCCGGGGGAGACCCCCUGCAUACAACUGCCACUGACAGGACCACAUGGGAGAGACUCCCCACAGGCAACAAGCAGCGUGUGACCCUGCCCACCGACAGGACCCUCUUUCUCCUCCCACCUCUUCACCUGGAGCCAAGGGGCUUGGGAGGAGCCUGGUAAAACACACGACACAUUCUGGGGACAGCGGCUUGCUUAAUUGCUUUCAGCUCAACCUCCUUCAGCCAUAAAAUUUCUUUCUUUCCCCUCCUUGGGAGUGUAAAACUGCAGCGCGUGUCACUAAUUACUAUAGUUUGCAGGUGAUUAAUGAGACUGCUGCUUUUUUUGUCCUUUUGUGCUACUGGAGGCAGCAGUCGGGGUUCGAGGCGCGGAAACCAUCGGUCCUGUUGGGCUUCUGUUUCACACCAGGGCCCAUCCAGCUGACCAGCUGCUCUUAAACCGGCACCGUGAUGAUAUUGCAGGUGGAACACUUUCUCUGUAGUGCUGGAGAAGCACAGUGAGAACAUCCUGGGUUAUGUGAUGUGAUCCUGUGGUAAGGAUGAUGCAGCAAAAUCAUGCUUUGAGUCACUUUAGUAUUUAUCUAAUUUAGCUAUUUAAUUUACCCCUUUAUUUAAAAUGAAAACAAUGCCUCUGGUAUUUUUUACUUUAUAGAGACUGUCAACUUCACUGAUGCUGAAAUGUGGUACAGAUGCUGCCAUUCAGAAAUACAGCUCGAUAUCAAAGCAAAGCUACUGAGCUUCAGAUCCAGAACUGCUAUAAAUUUUGUUUUAAUUCACAUACCAGAUGUUUCAGCAUUUUGACAUUUUUUACAGUCCC